AUGCCCUAUCUUCUCGUCACUCUCUGUUGCCUGUUCGCCACUCUAGGCUCCUUUCUAUUUGGUUACGACUCCGGAGUUAUCUCCUCCGUUAUCGACCAGGCCUCAUUCAAGCAUCGUUUCCACAAUCCUUCCGAUGCAGCGACAGGGGGCAUUGUUGCAUCGUAUAAUGGGGGUGCCAUCUUAGGCUCGGUCUUCGUCUCCUACCUCUCCGAUCCGUGGGGGAGGAGGCCUGUUCUCUUCACCGGCGGUCUGCUCGCUAGCUUAGGGGCCGCGCUGCAAGCUGGCGCUGUCAACGUGGCCAUGCUCAUUGCGGGCCGUUUAGUCGCUGGUCUUGCUGUUGGAUUGAUGUCAGCGAUCAUCCCGGUCUACUGUAGUGAGCUGUCCCCUCCCCGUAUCCGUGGCUUCUUGGGCUCAAUGCAGCAAUGGAUGAUCGGUCUCGGAGUUGUUGUCGCUCAAUGGGUGGGAUAUGGUUGCUCUCUUCGUACAGGGAACUUCACCUGGAGUUUCCCCUUGGCAUUCCAAGCAGUUCCCGCCAUCAUGCUUAGCUGUGGCGUCUGGUUUCUACCCGAAUCCCCUCGCUGGCUCAUUGAAAAGGGCGAUCCAGGUGCUGGCCGGGCUGUCUUAGAUCGCCUACACCAAGUCCCAGGACAGACUAAUGCUCAACUAGUCGACUCCGAGUUCACGCAGAUCUGCGACAGUAUUGCCGAGGAACAGCGUCUGGCCAUUCACUCCUGGCGUCAGCUUUUGUUCACACAGCCCAGUUGGCGUCAUCGUGUGCUGCUUGCCUGUGGCAUGCAAGCCUUCACGCAGUGCUCAGGCACAAAUGUGCUUCAGAACUAUAAUCCAGGCUUGUACCAAUCCUUGGGCUUGUCGCAGUCAACCUCGCUUAUCAUACAGGGCAUCUGGGGGGCAUUGGCCCAGUUUUGGAACACCGUCUUCAUCCUCUUCAUCGACCGCGUUGACCGUCGCAAGCUUCUCAUUCCGUCGUUGCUAGGCAUGGGCGCCACGAUGUGCGUGGAAGCCAUCUUGGGGCAGGUGUACAGUAAUUUUGAGGGCGCGGACUCAUCGAACCACCAUGCUGUCCGCGCCGCCAUUGCCAUGUUUUUCGUUUUUUCGCUCUUUUAUACCAGUCUGGGACUCAUCUCCUGGAUCUAUCAAUCCGAGAUUUUCCCCACUGCUAUCCGCGCCCGAGGCUCCUCUGUGGCGACUGCCACCAAUUGGAGCCUAAAUUUGAUAUUCGCUCAGUGUACGCCGAUUGCACAGUCACAAAUGCAAUUCAGAUAUUUCUAUUGUUUUGCGGCGUUCAACUGGGCUGCAGCAAUCAUUGUCUGGGCGGUGUACCCAGAGACUGCCGGCAAGUCACUCGAGGAAAUUGAAGGUAUUUUCACCAAAGAUCUUCUGGAGUCUGCUCAUGACGCAGAUCACCAUCAACCGACGCUGCCGAGCGCCGAUGCCAAGGGUACCUUGAUGGUCAUUAGCACACCAGAUAGCAGUUAUGCUUCAGAAAUUUGA